GGCAGCUCCAGCUGGAAGCCAAGAAGAAGAAGAAGGAGAAGAAGACUUGCACACAACUCAGCUCAUCAGCUCACACCUUCACCAGGUUGGAGAAAUGGCCUCUGAUAACAUGAAGGUUGUUGCCCUGGGUCAACCUUUCACCCUAGGAAUGCUCUAUGAUGCUCGGAAAAAUGAGCUUCUCCCAGGUUUGAGACUGUGGGAUGAUGAAACUCUACAAGCAAAAAUAACUGAAACCAGUAAGCCCUUCAGUGAAUUUGAAAUUACUGCAUCUGACACCAUUGAAUCCAGGUCUUCCAUGCUGAAAGUUGAUGCUUCUCUCAAGGCCAGUUUCCUUGGGGGACUGAUUCAAGUUGGAGGAUCUGCCAAGUAUCUGAAUGAUAAGAAACAGUUCAAAAAUCAGAGCAGAGUGACGUGUCAGUACAAAGCUACCACCAACUUCAAGGAGUUGUCAGUGUUAGACCUUGAAAACCUGAACAACCAGCAGGUAGAUGUUAUUGAGAAGGGCUCAGCAACUCAUGUAGUCACAGGCAUCCUGUAUGGGGCAAAUGCUUUCUUUGUGUUUGACAGUGAAAAGGUAGAUGCCAGCAGCGUUCAGGACAUCCAGGGCAGCAUGGAAGCUGUGAUAAGGAAGAUCCCCUCAUUUAGUAUUGAGGGCAGAGUUGACAUCAAGCUGACAGAAGAAGAAAAAGAUCUGACCAACAAAUUCUCCUGCAAAUUCUAUGGAGAUUUCAUUCUUGAAAGCAACCCUGCAACAUUUACAGAUGCAGUGAAGACCUACGUAGAACUUCCAAAGCUACUGGGAGGGAAUGGAGACAACAGUGUUCCACUGGAGGUCUGGCUGAUGCCACUGAACGUUUUUCACUCUAAAGCAGCUGGGCUGGUGAGUGGGAUCAGCGUUGGACUGGUGAGGAAGGCACAGGAUGCUCUGCAGGAAUUAAGAGAAAUCAGAAUGAGGUGCAAUGAUUCUCUGGUUGACAAAGUGGUGCAGAAUUUUCCACAGAUUCAAGCUGAGUUAACCAGAUUCCAACAGUUGUGUGAUUACUAUGAGUCCAACCUCAAGCGGACCAUGGCAGAGAAAUUCCCCCUCAUCCGUGAAGGUAAAGAAGAUGAGAGCUCAGUAAACCAACUCCUCGACGACAGACAGAAGUCACCAUUCAGCUAUAAAAAUCUAGACAAGUGGCUGGAUCAGAAAGAGAGAGAAAUCAACAUCAUCAAGUCCUGUGUAGAUACCAUGGAUGGAAUGAAGAUUGUCCAAAGUCAGUCAGAGCUGGACAGAGAGGUUCUUGCUCCAGGUGUAGAAGAGGCCCUGUGCUUUGUUUUCACUUCCCUGGAGGUCAAGACCAGGGUCCCUGACCCUGGUCUUGAUGUGAUGGAUGCCUUCUUGGCGGCACAUAAAGUUAAAAGCACCGGUGAAGACCUGUGGUACUACUCAGAUGAAAGAAUAACCAAAAUGAGAGAAAAAGCAGAAAUUGUUCGUGGUUUUGCCAAAGCACUGAAGGGCAGCAGCCGAUUUCUUUUCCUGAUAGGAGCCAUUGAUAACAACAAACACAAAGGAGCAACCAUCUACCAUUACAGAAAUGGCAUCCUGGUCACUGAUGACUUUUCAAACCCCGACCUUCCUCCUGUGAAGAGCAUCACAGACAGUAAAGAUUUGAUUUGGUAUGCCACUGAUCUCACCCUGGAUCCAGACACUGCAUACAACAAACUCAUUCUGUCUCAAGAAAACAAAAAGAUAUCCUAUGGAAACUGGCAGUCGUAUCCUGAUGUCCCAGAGAGGUUUAAUGAACUUCCUCAAGUGUUGUGCAAAGAGGGGUUAACUGGGCGCCAUUACUGGGAGGUGGAGUGGAGCAAUACUUCUAAUGAUUCUGUGUAUGUAUUGUUAGGGUACAAGGGAGUUGAUAGAAAAGGAAAAGGUAAAGGGGCCGAACUUGGAAAUAAUGAUAUAUCGUGGGUUUUUGGCAAAAGAUCUGAUACAAACACACUUAAGACCUUUCAUAAUGAUAAGGAAAUAAAAUUACCUAUUCCCUCUGGAGGCCUCAAUAGAGUUGGGGUGUUCCUGGACUGCCCUGGUGGCACUAUGUCCUUCUACAAAGUCACCUCUAACAGACUGAGUCACCUCCACACCUACAGCGCCACAUUCACUGAGCCUGUUUACCCAGGCCUGUGGGCUGCACGCGACAACAACUAUGCAUACUUUUGUUCAUUUGCAUAA